UUUUUUGUGUUUUAGAUUCGUUUGUAAAAACAACGGCGUAUUAUUUGAAAACGAAUUAAUCCAAAUAGGAGUUAAAAGCGAAUUUAGACAAAAUUUAGGUCGUCUCGGUUUAUUUUAUGGUAAUAAAACUACAUUCCCAUUGCAGUCGUUCGUUCCUACACUUUUAUGGUCUGAUGAUCAAGCUGCAAAGAUGAGUAUUCAAAUGAAACCCGUCGAGCCGUUAUUGGAAGCUGGCGCUCAAAUUCAGCAACUUAUCAAUGCGGAAUGUAUAGACGAUUAUACAGAUACUCCAAGUAUGGUGAUAUCCUUUAUUUACAACAAUCUUCCUCAAAAAAUUACGAUAAAACUGCCACUCACAAUAAACAAAUUCUUUGAACCGACGGAAAUGAAUGGCGAAUCAUUUUUCGCCAGAUGGAAAAAUUUGGGAAGCUCAAAUCAGCAAAGAUCGCAAAAGAUAUUUAAGGCGAAUGGCGUAAUGGAUUUACAAGCGACCCGUACAAAACUCAUGGGUUUCGGAAUGCAAUUGCUCGAUGGUAUCGAUCCUAAUCCCGAUAAUUUCGUCUGCGCUGGUAUAGUGCAUAUGCGUUCUCAACAAGUGGGGUGUCUGCUUCGUUUGGAACCAAACAGAAACGCUCAGAUGUAUAGACUUACGGUGCGUUCUAGCAAAGAGAGUGUCUCGGUGGAAGUUUGUGAUCUCCUAGCUGAACAAUUUUAAUGUAAAACAGUUCCCAUUAGCAAAAUAUUCUAUUCAUUUGCUCUUAGUCAUAUACAUAUUUCACUCUCUGCGUUCAUCAACAACAUAACACUCUUUAGCCUGAAAUCUUCCUUACUAAAUUCAUGUUGUACGUGUUACGAGAUACUAAGGACCUAUCAUGCAUGAAUUGAGACAAUAUACUUGUGAAUUUCAAAUGUGCAAAUGUUCUUGCCUGUGGAUGUUUAAAUGUUUAUUAGCUCUUUACACUAUUUUUAUGUUCUAAUCUAUAGUAAAGAUGGAGUUCAAAAGAGGAUCAACAAUUUUACGCACAGAUGUUUUUAUUUUAGAUUUCGUUAUAGUUGAUAGGGUUCACUAUUAUUACGUUCUUUGGGUAAUCGAGAAGUAAAACAUGAUCUACAAGCGCAUAUAAUGCACUUUAUUAAAAUUACUCGUGUGAUUUGGAUUGUUUUUAUAUAUACAAGGUGUUGCCGAUCACGAAAUGGUACCUAUUUCAAAUUUGAUUUUCUGUUUGUCAGCAAACCGUUUCAUGACCGUCAAUUCUAGUCUGACUAUUAAUCGUAGUAAUUUCACACUUUUAAUUUUAUUUUUAAUAGUGUACCCUUUAAUUGUUGUUUUAUAAUACUCCAUACAGACAUAUCUCCGUGCUGUUACCAAUUAUUUUAAGCCAUCGAAGCAUAUUGCUAUUUGUAUAAUUUGAAAGGUGAUACUGACAUUUUCUGGUUAAUCUAUCUGUAGAAAUGACGUUUUAUUCUCGACUCCUUUACUGGCCACGUAGAAUAAAAUGCAGCGCUUGAACUCAAUAGAAUUUAAAUGCUACAUAUAUUAUUGUAUAAAAAUAACGAGUAUAUAAUUGGCAGUUUAAAUUAAGUCAUGUUAAAGGUCUAUAUGAAUGCAAAUGUUAACAUGAUGACUAUAUCAUAGUUUUAAGACUUGAAAUGGAUUUCUGUUAAUUUAAUUGACAUUUUUUUAAUACGAAGUUAUCGAACAUUAUUUCAAAUCUAAUAAAUGUUAUAAUUUGUAUAUGUUCAUUGUAUAAAUUAUCUUAUGUAGGUAGAUGUAAAUCUAUACGAUUCCAGUUUUAUUUGUAUUUUUUAUAUGUUAUAUUAGUAUUGUGCAUCAUAUUCAUUGUAUAAAUAAUAUAUGUAAUAUAGAAGGAAAUAUACUCAUGAAUUUUUA